AUGGGUGAGGAAAUUAGCAACAAGCAAGUGAUACUCAACAACUAUGUCAAAACAUCUGUGAAAGAAUCCGAUAUGUCGCUGAGAACUUCCAAAAUUCUGCUCAAAAUUCCCAGCGGUUGCGACGGCGCCGUUUUGGUGAAGAAUCUCUACUUAUCCAUCGAUCCUUUUAUUCUUGCCCUCAUGAAGAAUCAGGAGCUCGAUUUACCUUCUUUCACGCUGGAUUCUCCUAUUUAUGGAUUUGGAGUAUCGAAAGUACUGGAUUCGUCUCAUCCAAAUUUCAAGACGGGCGAGCUAGUUUGGGGGUUUACUGGCUGGGAGGAGUAUAGCCUUAUUAAAGAUCCAGACCAAUUGUUUAAGGUUCAAGAUAAAGAUUUGCCCCUCUCUUAUUAUACAGGGAUUCUUGAAGUAUUGUAUGCAGUUAAACUGUUAACGAAAACGAGCUGUUGAUGAACUAUAUAUGCUUGAAUAAAUAGAUUGGGAAAUGUUGGAUUUGUAGCGUUUAUCUUGAUAGUUUCUGAAAAACAACAGUAGGAGAUGUACUAACUUGAGACUGAAAAUCAACGUGUCUCUGCUGCAUCCGGAGCUGUUGGUCAGCUCGUUGGUCAGUUUGCAAAGAUCGCAGGGUGUUACGUUGUUGGGAGUGCGGGGAGCAAAGAAAAGG